AUGCCUGGGCGCGUUGUCGAUAUAGCCGCCGACGUCGCCGCUAUAUUCGACCAGGUUCAAAGAUCCACAGCAAAUCACCAGAAGAACUACGUCGCCGCAUACAAGCUUCACUCGCGACAGACAUUGGAUAGACACGGGAACAGGGAUGACCGAGGGGCCAACGAGUUUGCUGAGGCAUUCCUAUUUGCGAUCCUCAAGGUGCUCCCCACUAAAAAGGGUGCCACCGCCGCAGACCGAGUUGUCAAGUUUGUCGCAGGCUACUUCCAGUACUUGAACGAGCGAGACUCAGAGGAUGAGGGAGCAGACCAAGAUGGCCUAGAUACGACAACCCUUGCCUCGCGCUUCAUCGAUAAAAUUCUGCGCUCUCUGCUGGGUGGAUUCAAAGCCAAAGAUAAAGUCGUGCGGUACCGCGUCGUCGACUUUGUAGCAGGGAUGGUCGAACAGUUAGGAACAAUCGAUGAGCAUACGUAUAGUGACCUUCGAGAGCACCUAUUGGAUCGCCUGCAUGACAAAGAGGCCACAAUUCGGGUCAAAGUCAUAAUAUCGCUCUCCAAGCUCGCAGAGGCAGAAGACCUUGAGGAACUGAAGAAAGCAGGCCGACAGUCGAUCCCGGAACUGUUGCUUGAAGUAAUUACUGCAGAUCCUGCGCCUGAAGUUCGCCGUAUUGCCGCUGUGAAUAUACCACUUGAUCCUCUCACCGACGAUCUCAAGGCGGCUUUGUUCAGUCGGAUCAGGGAUGAAGACGCUUCUGUCCGCAAGAUCAUGUACAGCCAUGUUUUCGAGAAAGAGGCACAUGACGACGGUGCAUUCCCGCCUCGAAGUCUGACCAUCGCCAACCGAGAGUAUAUUGUCCGUAGCGGUCUGGGCGACCGGGAACCCGCUGUCCGCUCCGCUGCAGCGUCCAUGCUAGGGGUUUGGUACGACCGUCUAAGCACUGUCAAAGCCGAAGAGGACCUCGUGUCUCAACUGCAAGAGGUAGACAUAUCCGCGACUCGAGAGAAGCCUGCGCCGCGUGAGCAAGAACAAAGGGAGAAGACUAUCGAAAAUCUGACGCAAUUUCUGUCUUUGUUCGAUCUCCACCAACAGGAGUUGGAAGCUGACGGGGAAACACAACGCGGAAAGGUUGCCGCCGAUGCCCUGAAGAGUCUUUUGACCACGAGGAAAGGCUUGGAACGAGAGAUAUAUUUCGGGGAUGCAUACUUUGACAAGCUCACACCAGAGCGGACGUUCCUCGUCCGGGUUUUCGUUGAGCAUUGCGCUAAUGGACGUAACGAACUUUUGGAGGAUUGCGGUAUCCCGGUGGUCACUCGAUGUGCAUUCCUUGCUCAGGAAUGGUUCAGUAAGGUUAUCAGCAAUGACGAUGAUAUAACCCUGAAAGCGGAGGUGAGGGACGAGUUGCGGGAAGCCCGAGAGUUGAUCGUCGGUGAACUGCUUUCAUUUGCCGUUCAUCUUGAUUACGGAGAUGAGACCGGGCGACGAAAAAUGCAUUUGGUCAUUCAAAAUAUGCUGGGUCAUGAGAACACACCCUCGAGUCUUCUGACGAGAUGUUUGGACGUUCUACGCAAACUGACGACCGACGAAAGAGACCUCAUUCGUCAAGUUGUCGAAAUGAUUUCGAAUCUUCGAGAUGAACCUGACGAAGAUGCUGGGGAUCGCACAAUGGAUAGCAUUGAUUCGUCGCAGCAAACUCCGCGCAAGCAACCGGUGCGGAAGGACCUUACACCUCAACAACAACAAGCAGCAGACGCAAUUGACUUACGUUGCCUUGCGUUGUCCAUAGCCUUGCUUGAACGUCUCGACGGGACCUUUGAAGACAAUUCGACCUUGCAAGGAGUUUUCCAGGAUCUUAUUAUGCCUUCGGUUGGACGCGCUGACAGUAAUCUUCAACUUCAAGGUCUCGUCGGGUUCGGGCUGUCUUGUCUGGUAACACCAAACCUGGCGGCUAAAUUUCUUCCAGCUCUCUUGGAUCAAUCCACGAAGACAGUCUCAGACGACACUCGCAUGACUAUCUUCAAGAUUGUAUUUGACGUGCUCUUGGGGCAGCCCAAUCUAAAGCAUGACGUUAAGGGGCAAAGCCAAGAGUUCCUGGUGAAAAAGUUCCAAGAAGAAUGCGAUAAGAAGGGAAAUUGCCAUCCGGAGACACUCGCAUUGCUGAGCCUCGGACUCAGUAAAUUGGUCCUCCACUCUUUGGUUGAUGACCCAAAGAUGGUCAUGGAGCACCUAUUCAGAGCAUAUUUUUCCCCGUACAAUCGGGAGAACCAGCGGCUAUUGCAAUGCCUGACCUACUUCAUCAACAUGUAUGGUCGUUGCGCUGCUUCGAACCAACAAAUAAUGCGGGAGCUCUUCACAAAGGUCUUGAAAGAAACUGCGGAAAUGUAUCGAGACUUUGAGGAUGAUGAAGACGACGUGGGCAAUCUGGAUCUAGCCAACGUCACUGGCAUGUGGGUGGAAUGCACCAAUCCACUGGAGCUCAUGGACACCCCAGGUUUAUCAUCAGAGCCCAAAGCGGAAGACAUGAUGGUCCAGUUUGCGCUGGCCGAAGACGUUCUACGUCUGAUUUUACGCGAGAAGAACAUGCACAAGGAUCAAAGAAAACUCCUUUGUCAAAUGCUAGGCAAACUCUAUAUCCCAGACGAGGUUGCAGAUACGGAUCGAGUGUAUACUCUGAGACUGUUGAUUAGCCAUGUCAACCUGUAUCGGCCAGUCAAGGACGCGACCGCAAACAAUGCGCUCAAGAAGUUCGACGCCAAAAUUGGAAAACAAUUUGAGAAGCAGCUCGGAGGUUUCAGCGAGGAGGACUAUCGAAAGAUGGAACAACUGAAGGACUUGUUUGAAUUUUUGGACGAUGUGAUUCCCGAUGAUGACGAGGAAGAUGCUCCUAAGAAAGGGAGAAAGAGACGCUCUGACAGCAUCAUGAGCACUACGGACGAUGACACUGCCUCGGUAGCAUCCUCUAGACGAACAAGAGCCAAACCCAAAUCCAAGAAGCGUCGUUUGUCGACAUCGGAUGAUGAAGACUCUGAUUCUGAUCGCGACACUGUCAGGGGCACACCGCCGCCGCCUCGGAGACGAAUGCCACAACGUUCUGCAGCCACCAAGAAGAAGCCACAAGUCAUUGUGAUUUCAGAUGACGAGCCUGAGGACGACAACAACGGUGAAUCUAGCUCUGAUGAUGAUCAGUUCCACGCAUCGCGUAGACGGGGCGCUGGAAAGAAGAAGCGACGCGAAUCUGAAGAAGCGCGUCUUGACGCUGACAUCAACGCUAUGUUGGACGAGGGACCUUCGGUGUCGACGGUUGGGCAUGACUCCAUUAUGGAUUCAGACGAUGACGAUGUCGAGGAAGUGAAUGAUCUCCUUGUGGAUGACGAUGAGUAG